AUGAGCGUUCCAGCUCAAGGCGCCCCAACAUGGGCCGAUAUUGAAGAAGCUACUCGAAGUGACGCUGGCUCGCCAUCAGCAACCCUAGUCGACUCUCCCGCAUGGCACUACGACGACACCAUCGUCACCGAUUUCGGCCCUUCUGCACUCGAUGACGAAGUAGAAAUCAUCGAAUGUUCCGACUGCUCCAAACCGAUCCUCAAAGAUGCUCUCUCCUAUCACCAGCAGAACUGCAAACUUGCACGUGAUAUCGCAUCCGGUCGAGUCUCACCCUCUGUCCUCGAAGGCGACCUAAAGAAACGUCGAAUGAUGGAAGACGACGAUGAAAGUCUCCUCGGCGACGAAGCCUCCGGUACGCCCAUGACAAAGAAGCAGAAGAAAGAAGCCCGACUGGCAGAAGAAAAGAAGAAGGGCGGAAGGAAGAAUAAAGGCCCAAUCGAUGUGGAUAGGCAAUGUGGUGUGAUCAACGAUAAGGGUUUGCCUUGUUCGAGAUCCUUGACUUGCAAAUCUCAUUCGAUGGGAGCGAAGAGAGCGGUUAAAGGAAGAUCUGCGCCGUACGACACGUUGUUGUUCGAGUGGCAGAAAGCGACAAAUCCAAGUUUUGUGGCUAAGUUGGAAGAGAAGGAGAAAGCGAUUGCUGCUGCUAAAGCGGCUGCUGCUGCUGCUCCGCCCAAGGAGAAAAAGAAGAAGAGUGUCAAAGAUGGCAAGUCCAAAUCUGGGGUAGGAGGGGGAAGUGGUGGUGUGGGCUCGGGGGGAGGAAGCGGAGGAGGUGCAGGAGGUGCAGGAGGUGCAGGAGGUGCCGGAGGUGGAGUAUUCAUUGAAGAUGAUGAUAUGGACAUGUUCGAUGCGGGUGCGGACGAGGAUCAGAUGGAUCAGGAGUUGAUCAGUGUUUUGGGAUCUAUUGCGAAUGCUGCUGCGAGGGAUCGGACCACUCCUUUGCCUUUGGCUACGAGGUCGUUCGCUGGAUCAUAUACGAGUCGAGCGAAGAGAAUGAGGAAUCUGCGAGAGCUGUUGAGGGAGGGUUUGGCGCCGGGAGGUGGUGUGUAUGGAAUUAAUGGGUAUGCUACUUGGAGUCAUCACAAGCCGGGCAACUAUCCGCCGGGAGGUGACAGCGGCUCGAAGAAGGGUGUUGCUACUGGAGCAUGA